GGAGAUGGGCAUGAAACCGUCGUUUAGCGCCAUUUUGCUUGAGUCGGCACUGGAGUCUAGAAAAUAUAUACAAUGCACUAUUCAAUAGUUUACGUGGCAAAUUAUUGAAAUUUGAAGCAUGCACAAGCUGCUAGAUUGAUACGAGUUAUCUUAAUGAUGGUUCUGUCAAGCUCAAGGACACGGAUAAGCGAUCGUCGUCGCUGUUCCAAGAAUGAGUUUGCAGGCACAACAUAUAACACAGUUCUAAUAAAGCUACCGAAUAGAUGAGUACUUAACGGCACCCAUCUUGGGAGAUAAUUUCUAUAAGUUUUUCACUUUUUAUGUAGGAACAGUAUUAUAUAGAACAUUUCUCAUUGCACGUAGGGGUUACAAAUUCUUGUCUUUUUCACUUGUCACGUGUUAUUUAAAUGUUUCGGAAGGUACACACCGUUAAAGCGAUUUUGAGUGCUGUGCAUUCAUCUACAGAGGCAUUCACUGCACCAAAUGCAUCACCCAGAGUGCAGCGGUUUAGAGAAUUAUUAAAUAAAAACAGCGACAAUGACAUACUCACGGAUUCUUUUGGAAGGCAUCAUACCUAUUUGCGUAUUUCUGUCACGGAACGUUGUAAUCUUCGAUGUUUGUACUGUAUGCCGGCAGAAGGAGUUAAGCUGACAAAGAAUGAAAAUAUUUUAACAAUAGAGGAAAUAAUUAAAGUAGCUGAACUAUUUGUAAAGGAGGGUGUACAUAAAAUACGUUUAACAGGUGGUGAACCAACAGUUCGAAAAGAUAUUGUAGAUAUUAUUGCCGGCUUGAAACAGUUACCUGGCUUGAAACAGGUUGCCAUUACUACCAAUGGCUUAACAUUACCACGUCAGUUACCAUCCCUUCAACGAGCAGGAUUAGAUGCAAUAAAUAUUUCACUAGAUACAUUGAAAGAAAAUCGUUUUGAGCAGUUUACCCGUAGGAAGGGUUGGCCUAGAGUUAUAGCCGCGAUAGACUUGGCUAUCCAAUUGGGUUAUAAUCCUACAAAGAUAAACUGCGUGGUAAUGAAAGGUUUUAAUGACAACGAAUUGGUUGAUUUUGUAAACUUAACGAAAGAUCGCCCGGUCGAUGUACGUUUCAUCGAAUAUAUGCCCUUUCAAGGGAAUAAAUGGAAUGAAAAUAAAAUGGUUUCCUUCGAUACUAUGAAAAAAAUGAUUAGAGAUACGUAUCCCGAACUUCGACGUCUUCCGAACGAGUACAACAACACUUCUAAAGCAUACCACGUCCCUGGAUUUGUAGGGCAAAUCGGAUUUAUCACGUCGAUGAGCGAGCAUUUCUGCAGCUCGUGCAACCGAUUACGAAUUACGGCGGAUGGAAAUUUAAAGGUCUGUUUGUUCGAGGGUGAAGGAGAGGUGUCGCUUCGGGAUGCUUUACGCAGUGGAGCGUCCGACGACGUUUUGAAAGAAAUGAUCGGCACCGCGGUGCGACGUAAAAAGAAACAGCACGCCGUUGAAAAGAAACGCGUAUACGUCGGAAGACAUAAAUAUUGGCGAGAGAACGCGCGGCGUGAAUAUUUCGGGCGCGCGGUUUUUCGGUUUCAGAAUUGCACGAGCGUAAGAAUGUUCUCCUCGCUGUCGCACGUGGACGAAAGUGGCAAAGCGAGCAUGGUGGACGUCGGUUCGAAAGCCAUAACCAAACGUAUCGCGAUAGCGAGAGGAUUCGUUCAGGUCGAUUCGGUUAUAAGCAAAUUGAUAGCCAAAAAUAAUGUUAAGAAGGGGGAUGUGCUGUCCGUAGCACAAUUGGCAGGCAUUAUGGGUGCCAAACGCACGCCAGAUUUGAUACCGUUGUGUCAUCCGCUCUCGUUAUCCUACGCAAACGUGCAAUUACGUUUGAACGAAGAAUUGCAUCGAGUGGAGAUCACGGCGGAAGUCAGAUGCACCGGAAAGACUGGCGUGGAAAUGGAGGCCUUAACGGCCGUGGCUAUCGCUGCAUUAACAGUUUACGACAUGUGUAAAUACGCGGCCUCCCCGAACUCGAUGAAAAUAAGCGACGUAGAGUUGGUUUCGAAAACUGGCGGUACAAAGGGUGAUUUUUAUAGGGAUUGAAUAUCUUUCUACCGUUUGUACGAGUGUCGUAUACCCAGAGUAUUCGGUAUUAUAUUACGCAACACUUGGUGCUCUUGCAUUUACAUAUUUUACCAUUGAUUCGAUUGUUACAACGUACAAAUUUUAUUUAGUUAUGCAUCCGUAUACGAUGCAAAGUUUUACAUAAGUUUACAUGUAAUAAUGUAUUAUAUAAUGUACCUGAACGAGUAUGGGAAAUAUGGGAAUUAGAAUAGUACUAUGCGUGCUUAACGGUACCAUAUAUUUGUCGUUUAUCCGGUGAUACAAUAUAUUCCUCUACGUGUAUGCGUACAAUCAUUU